AUGUAUGGCACAGAGAACGCUCGGAAAGGAUACGCAGUUCUGAAAAAGCGCUAUGACGGCGGCGACAAAUCGUCUGAGCUGCUAUGGAGGCUUGCCAAAUUUUGCCACGAAUUAGCUACUUGUACCUCCGACAAGGAGGCGAGGAAGGAUUUGACUUUUGAAGGAAGAAGAUAUGCUAUGGAGGGAUAUCAUGCAAAUGAGAAUGACUUUGACGCAUUGAAAUGGGCAGCAAUCAUGACUGGAGCUGCAACGGAUUUUCUUCCUACAAAGGAAAAGAUUGAAGAGGGAACAAAAUUCAAGGAGCUUUUGGAUAAAGCUUUGACCAUGGAUGGGAAAGAAUUUUCCCUUUUGUACAUGCGUGGAAGGUAUUCUUAUGCUGUUGCGAAUCUCUCUUGGUUUGAAAGAAGGGCAGCUGCUAUGCUCUACUCUACACCACCCACUGCCACUUUGGAAGAAGCUUUGGAUGAUUUUUUAGCAGCUUAUGAACAAGCGCCAAACUGGAUAGAAAAUCUGCUUUGUAUCGCGCGUGUUUAUCUGGCUAAAAAUGAUAAGGCGAACGUCAAGCUAUACUGCAACAAAUUGCUUGCUCUUACACCAACUGAUGAUGAAGAUCGAGAUCGAUUGCAGGAAGCCAAGGGCAUAUUGGCUCAGUGUUAG